UUAACUCAUCUUCGCCAUAUGGAAACACGUUUUACUGCUGUCAGUGGUCGUGGAAUUGGAGUCUCCUCCUCUCAUCAUUUUCAAGGUCGCCGCUCUGUGAACCAGAGCAGGAGUGAGAGGGAAAUCUUGAGGACACAGUCUAUUGCAGUUCUACCAGAUGAGGAGUACAAUAAGGGAAACAGACAGACGUAUGUGUACUUGACCCUAACUGCCCUGCACUACAAUCCGGGAGAGUGGAGGAGGAAAAUACCACUGAGUGACGUCAUCGGUUGUCAUCACUUGAGGGGAAACCGGGCCAACGACUUCAAAGGAUACUUCCGAGUCUACGCCUACAGACUGAGCAAGAAGAGUGGUCGGCGGGAGCGGGAGUCGAUCACGUUCGUGUUUGACAAGGGGGACUCGGAUGAGAACUGGAAGACAUGUACUCUAUGGCACAAGGCACUCAACCUACUCCUACGAGGAGUCACAGACUUGUCAAGAGACCGAAUCUCGAACCGGUCGUGGCCAGAGAAGAAAGUGUUGGUGAUCAUCAACCCAGCGAGUGGGCGGAAGAAGGGCAUGCAGACAUACUGGAACAUAGUGGCCCCUAUGCUGGUGGAGGCCAGCUACAAGUUCAGAUCCAUAGUAACCACUGGACCAGGACACGCCUCACAGGUCAUCAUGUCAGAGAACCUCUCAAAAUGGACUUCCAUUCUACUCAUCGGAGGAGAUGGCAUCUUAUACGAGGUGGUGAAUGCACUAAUGAAGAGGAGUGACUGGCGCAGGGCCAUCCAGACUCCCCUUGGACUCAUUCCAGCCGGCAGUGGGAAUGGACUAGUGUGUAGUGUACUGCACGAUAAACACGAGAUGAGUGUGGCCAAUCAACAGGUCAACUCCAUGUUCAGGUUCCUCAAGGGCGAGCCUCGACCCCUGGAUGUGACCUAUGUGCGAGUGGGACAGCAGGAGUACUACUCUUUCCUCAGUGUUUCCUGGGGGGCACUGGCAGACAUCGACAUCAACUCAGAAGUCAUCCGAUUCAUGGGGGAGACCAGAUUCACCGUGUGGUCUAUCGCCAAAAUAAUGCUGAACCAGAACUACAGGGCCAAGCUACGCUACGUGGAGCACAAAUCUAAAGAGCCCUUCAAUGCCAUUGAGAUAGUGAGGGAGCCCCCCAGCAUCCGAGACGGAGGGGAUGGUAACGAUGAGAAUAGAGCGGGGAGUGCGAAACCUGUGGAGAAGGAAGUAUAUUCAGAGACUGUCAUGGUCGAUGACUACAGAUACUUGAACGGAUUCAUGCCAAAUGGGGUCGGUGACGAAUUUGGAACAGUAAGAGACGGUAGAAAUCCAGAUGUUGGCGACAGUAUUCUAACCCCAAACAACUCACGAACCCACAUCGGAAUUGGAGAUGAUUCAGAUGCUGUACCCAGUAAUAGGGCAUCAGCAUGUACAGAUAGGACUGACAACGGAUAUGACACGCCUCAACGAUCAGUCACGCCGAGUUACAACCUCACUAAUGUGUGGGUGGAGGAACAGCAGAUGAGGAAGGGAGGAGGGGGAGCAGGGGGUGGAAAAGGGGGAGGGAGGGAGUCUCCUAUUGGCAGUGUGAGACGGAAGAAGAAGCGGCCCAGUCCGAAUCUGAAUGAUGUUAUUGCUAGUAAUCAGGAUGCAACGCCACAGGAAACCCCACAGUCAGGCUCAAUCACCAACGGAACCAGUCAACUAAGUCUACCCGAAAACUACGUGGACAAGUUUCAAGACGACUUCGACAAACCCCAGACACCCAAAAGCGAACGUAAGGGACUCGCAACUCUCGCUAAAUAUCCAAACGAAAUCCCGAGCACGCCAGAACUUAUGCGCAAAACAGAAGAAACUGCUCAAAGUAGCAGUAAAAACGAUAACAGUAAUAUUAUUAAUAACCCUGAUUCUCAUGACCAGAAUAACUUACCUAAUGGUAAUGGAAAUGAAGAAUCAAGUUCGCCGGGAGAAACAAAUGGACUUGAAAUUUACGUUGGUGAAAAUUUCACAGAAACACCCGAAACAAUCCUCGCCGAUGACCAAAAAGAUGCUAAUUACCAAGAUGAAGAAAAGAUAGAGCAACAAGCACCGCUUAAAACACGCGAGGAGAACGGGUCAAUAGAAAAUGUAGAAAAUAUCGAACCCAGAGGCGAUAAGAGUAAUAAUGAAGAGAAAAACUCACUUUUUGACGACGAAGGCGAACCCAAAAUGGAAGCUGACAAAAUGAGCAACCAGAAUUUGCGAGACACGUUCGACGGAAAUGGUUUGGAUGGUCAAGAUUGUGCGAAUGGUGACUUUAAAAAUGGUGCUGGAAGAAAAUUCAUGAAAUCAAACGCAGUACAACAAAACCCCUCAAAAUUCCAAACAGGCUCUCGGAGAUCAUCUCGCCCAACCAAUCUCAGAGCAACCCAAACACCUACUAAUACCCAAUCUUCCACGACAAACAACAACAACAACAGCCAACCAUCAUCCUCACUAUACCCUACAACUACCACACCCACCACCCCUAUAGUCAUAAUAGACCCCCUGAUGACCAUGAACUCACAGAUGGACAACUCAGUGUACCCCCAGACAUCUGACAUUUCCGAGUUCAUCCCCCAAUUCCCAGAGGAGAAGUGGCAGAGCGAGGAGUCGGAUCAAUUCGUGUUCAUACUCGCAUCAAAUGUCACUCAUAUAGGAAGUGACAUGUGCUACGCGCCCCAGGCGAAGAUGAAUGAUGGCUGCAUCCAACUGGGCUACUGUCUGCAGCCCAUUAGCAGAACCAAACUACUCAAACUAUCUUCCAAAUUCUCAACUGGAGAUCACAUCAACAUUCCAGAGAUGCACUUCAAACCAGUCAAGGCGUUUGAGAUUGAGUUUGAGGAAAUAAAGGAGGAGAUGAACUUGGUCGUGGAUGGGGAGAAGGUGCCUAAUGCUACUAAAAUAUCCUGCACGGUGCUACCAAACUUAGCCAGAUUUGUCUACUAAUCAACCAAUCAGACACAACCUAUCACAAAACAGCUUUUGGAAAAUUUUUGAGAAAAUUUAAAUAAUUUCAGCGAUUAGUUUUG